UGGCUAGCCGCAGGGAAUAUGCACCUGCUAGCAUUUGCACCUGACCUGUCCACCGGAGUCUGGUGAUCGAGCCAUUGCCCACAUGCCCCAUGAGUGGCUAGGCUGACUGCAUGCCGUCCGCAUACAGUGUCUCUCCUUAACACAAUGCCUGAGGUGCAGGAGGUCUCCGGUGUGCAGCCCCCUGCGACGGUGAACUCCGACCCCAUCACUGCCGUCGGGGUGGUGGCGUCCAAAUGCGGCGCACCUGCACACUUCUAUGUGGUUGCACAAACAACAGAUGGCUGUGAGGCUGACCUCUGGAAGGACGGCUUAUUCAAAUAGGUCAAGCGGUUUCUCUGUUUUUCCCGAGCAUCCUCUCAACACGUGCAUGAGGAGAGCGUGCUGGUGGACUUGAAGCUCGUCGACCUCAAGGACGUUCUGCCUGCGGAUUUUACCCCUAUCCAAGAAACCAUGGACACCAAGGAGCCUGCCAUAAAGAAGAAGAUGCUUUGUGUGAAGUUUGCUCCUCGUUCCUCAGUAGAGACAGCCGUGUGUGACAUUCAAAUCCUUGGCCGCUCCAAAAACACUCCAAACAACUUCACCUUCAUUGGGGAGCUGAACAGCAUGAGUGUCUGGUACCGGAGUGGGGGCGUCACUCACACACCUGGCCUGUCUCUCGCCUCCAUGACGCUAGAGCCUCCCCAGCCACACAGGCCAGCAUCAUCAUCAUUGGUCACCAACCCCAGUGUAAGGAGGACCCGCCCCAUCUAUGAGCAACAGAACUCAGGAGGCAUCUACACCAUUUCAGCUAUGGAUGCCGUUCCGUUCACCGUCUCUGAAAAGUUUGCCGACAGACGCCCAGAUGUGCAGCCAGUCAGUAUAAUGGGUAUUAACAUCAAGUCGGCAGCACAGAUCGAGGAGGAAUACCAGUACUCCUUUAACACAGAGUUCAGCAUCAACCCUUAACCGGCCUCCACACACACAGCCAGCCAACCGUGGAAGCCACACACACACACACCUGCAGGACAGAGAGAGGAUCCAGAGUGAGAACCAGAGAGGAUGCCGAGUCUGUGUUCGGACUUUCUGUCCCAUCAUGGUAUUCGACUAGUGUUCCACCCUUGACCUUGAUGGAAAAGAGCAUGAGUUUGGGGAGAGAUAAACGUUAAACAUUUAGAGAAUGAGAAUUGAUCUUAUUAUUGUACAGAAUAUUUCUGGGUAAUUUUCCUAUAAUUGCUUCAGGAAUGCUGGACAAAUGAAUGUUUGUGGUAAAUAGAUUCAUGUUUUGUGUCGUUUUUUUUUUAUGAAAACCUGGUCCUGGUCAGAAUGUGUUUUUAAUGAAAUAAUGAGUCCAGCCUUUAUCCUGGUCGUGUUUCUGUCUUUCUUAUGUCAACAAUGGUCUUGUGUUUUAAUUUUCCUAAUUUUCUGAGUGGGAAUUUAAUACUUGUUUCUGAUUUUGACUUGACUUUAAUUCUUAAAAACGUAAACCUUUAAAAACUUUUAAAAAAAAAAUGUUUUAUGGAUAUUUUACACAUGCUCUUUGUGUACCCAGGUGGAACAGUCAUGUGACCACUGUAUCAGUCAUGUGACCUCUGUAUCAAUCAUGUGAUCUCUGUAUCAGUCAUGUGACCUCUGUAUCAGUCAUGCGACCACUGUAUCAGUCAUGUGACCUCUAUUAAUAAAACAAACUGUUCCUGCA